CCGGCCGGUCCCGGCCGCUCCUGGCGAUGGCUGAGGCGCCUUCCCGGGGUAAGCAGCGCAGGCCGCGGCCGCCCGGCGCCGAGUGAACGUUUGUUUGCCCAGGCGGGGCGGGGAGCCCCUGCCCUGGGGGCGGUGCUGCCCUGUCCUACCCGGUCCGGCCCGGCCCGCUCCCGGCUUCUUGCUGCUGGUACCUGCAGGCGGCUCCGCCCCGGCCCCACAAGGGAGCGCCCGGCGGGGGCAGGAGGCGAGCGGCCGGGGACGGGACGCGACGGGACGGGGCUGUCGCCGCACCGCGUAGCCAGCCGGCAGCGGCCAUGGCCUUCGGGAAGGCUCCGAAGGAUCCUUUCGGUACCGCCGUGGGCAGCCUGAUCGAGCGGGCGACGUUCGGAGCGCUGCAGACGGAGGAGUGGGGGCAGUUCCUGCACAUCUGCGAUGUGAUCAACGCCACGGAGGAGGGACCUAAAGAUGCAGUUAAAGCGUUAAAGAAAAAGCUCUCCAAAAACUGUAACCAUAAGGAGAUCAGGCUUACCCUGUCUCUGCUUGACAUGUGUGUGCAGAACUGUGGUCCUAGAUUGCAAUCUUUAGUUGUGAAGAAAGACUUUUGUAAGGACAAGCUGGUGAAACUACUGAAUCCAAGAUACAACCUGCCAAUUGACAUGCAGGAGAGGAUCUUGACCUUCAUCAUGACAUGGGCACGAGGGUUCCAAGGAAUGGUGGAUGUGACCGAAGUAAAAGAAGUUUAUCUAGAAUUGCUGAAGAAAGGAGUGGAGUUUCCAUCUGCUGACACCAGCACAGGGGGACCUAAGUCUUCAUCUCAGCAUCCUACAAAGUCAUCACCAUCUUCUGCUAAUCCCACCAAACGUUCCUUAUUGCCUCUUCCCACAGGCCCAACAUUACUGUUGACUGCUGAGCAGAUUGGGAAACUGUACAGUGAACUGGAUAUGGCAAAAAUGAAUGUGAGAGUCAUGUCAUCAAUAUUAAAAGAAAAUGUUCCUGGCUCUGAAAAUCCGGAUGAUAUGAAUCUUUUACAGAAACUGUAUAAGACCUGUCGGGUGAUGCAGGAGAGGAUCAUGGAAUUGUUGGUGACAGUGGAAAAUGAAGAUGUGAUAGUUGAGUUAAUACAAGUAAAUGAAGAUCUGAAUAAUGUUCUCCUGGGACAUGAAAGGUUCUCUCGAAACAGAGUUCGUUUCUUGGAGAAUCAGAGAAUACAGCGUGAACGUGAAGAGCUGUACAGGAAACAGCCAUCUGCUCCCUCAAGUGAUCUACUUGACCUCUCUACAGAUUCUCCAUGUCCUGUGUCAACAGUGUUGGGAACUGAAUCUGCAGCGUCUCAGUUUUCACGCCUUAAUUGCAUAUCUGCACACCCUGAAGAUGCAAGAAGGCACCAUCCAUCAAUUUAUCCACAGCUAGAUGCAGCAACUACUACAAAAGCUCAGCAAUUCCCAUUUACAACGGAAGCACAAAACAAUAGUGGAAUCACCCCAGCUGGACAUACAUAUAGCAAUUUGGCAACUCUUUUAAGCCCAGUACCUCUGAAUCCAGUAAAUCUGCAGACUGGACAUACUACAUCAUUAAAUGGAUCGUCACCAGCAGCCACAUCAAAGAACAAGUCACAGUCACCUCAUUACUACGAGAUAAUGGAAUUUGAUCCUUUGGCUCCCACAGAAGCUAUUUAUGAAGAAAUUGAUGUCACUGUGCUGAAGCCAGAAGUUAAAAAGGAUACAGAAUGCUGAAGAGGGAGGUGAAGUCUUUUACUGAGCACACAAGUUACUCUCUGAUGCUGGUCCUGGGCACUGCUUCCUAUCAUAAAAUUGUAUAAUAUCCUAAGUUGGAAGGGACCCACAAGGAACCUUUUUUUUGGAUUUUUACACACUAAACAAUAAGUAUUGGAACAGUAAGUUAUGUGGAAGAGUUACUUGGAUCCACACCUUGAGAAUUUGUCUUAAAUGUUUGUAUAUUCUUCAAGGUGACUUACAUUAUUUAUAUUUUUAUUUCUCUAAGUUUUGGAGUCUCUAAAAUAUGUUUUUCAAAGUCACCUGCAUAUGAAGUAACUAACACUUGAUAUCUGGUAAAAGUAAACUAAAAGGACUCUCACAGCUAUAGAAAAAAGCUUUUCUUCCGAGUUAACUGUUCCUUUGGACUGCUUAUCCCUCCAUAUGGAGGAAACAGAACGUCAUGUUUAAAGAAACUACAUAAUCCAAUUUCUAUUUUGGCCUCACCGAUGUCUGUGUUAAUCUCCCUAGAAAUUUAUAAGGGUUUUUUGAUAUGUAGGACUUUUCUAAAAUUGGGCCUCUUGAUAGAUAUCUCAAGUACAGUGGUUACUUUCUUAUAUUCAUAUUCUGAAUACAGAUUUUGUUUUCUUUGUAAAACUCUGAUAAAUAAUAAGAUUUUUGUUUAAAUAAGAAGCUGUGCUGGGACGUAAGGUGCUGUCAUCCAUGAUUAACAGAACAGAAAAAAGCUGCUUGUUGCUAUGUUGUUGUUACUUUCAUUUACUUGGUAAAUAUUGGAAGGGGAUCAGUCAUUUCUUCCAACGUUCCUGCCCUGGAGAGAUUGUUUUCUGGUGAAGGAAAAAUAAUCAUCUACAAUGCAGAUGAGCAUUAGUUAUCCAUUUAUUUUAAUCAAAUUGUUUAAACCUGUUGAUAACAGUUUUAUCUUUUAAUAAAUGAAGUGCCUUGUCUAUUUUAAUGCUGAAUGUUAAAUCUGCACUUUUAACAAGUACAGUUCUCUUAACUUAUAAUUGAUACAAAUCUUGAGAACUUGGUUCAUGUUCACAGCUGAUAAGCUAACUGGCUGCUUUUAAGUACUGUGUUUUAAAUGUUCAUUGUUAACUGUUAAGUGGUAACAAGUUCUCAGUCUUGUGCAAUUUUCGUAGUGUACAAUUCCCAAUAAAAGCAAAUGCUUUCUGAGUACUUAACCCUCAAUACUUCCAAGUUUUUACCAGCUGACAUGCAUAUUCAAAUGAUGACUGUUUUGGAAGUGUUUGAGAGUGAAGCCAUGGUGUUUCAAUUAUCCAGUUAGCAGUUUUGCAGCUAGCUGGACCGAUAGAACACUGUGAGGAAGUAAAGGUUUUUUUUGUAAGCAGAGGUGAAAAGGUAAGCCUCUUUACCAUUAUUCCUCUUUUAUUAUUUGCAAUGGUCUGGACAGCAGCCUGAGAAAACUGUAGAAAAUAGGAUUUGAGGUGGAUUCGUUUUUCUUCUACAUCUUAACUAUGUUGUUAAAACCCUAGCAUGCCUAAGUGUAACAGGUUUAAAUAGGCUAUUUCAAUACGGUAAUCCCUAAUGAAAUGAUUGCUAACUGAACUUUUCCAUAUUUAAAGAUACAAAAUUACAGAUAUGAAGGCCAUGUGAGAAACUCGCUAAUUACUGAAGUUAGAGAGCUUGUUUUGUUGUUGGAUUGUGCUCAAUAUCCAUGCAAACUUGGGCUUUCAAACUCAGGGGAAGACUCACAUUUUUAUGAAACUGGCUUCAUCUUUAUGAAACUUGUCAAGGGGCUAUUCUUUUUCUCCUAAAACACAUGGCCAGAAUAAAAAAAUGUGUAGAAAACUUCCAGAAUCAGUUCACCUUUCAAAAAGACAAUGGAUUAAAGAGAAUCCAGGUAAGAUUUUUUUUUUCUCUCCUAGAUUCCAAGAUUAGUUUUGAUAGCAUUUUUUUCUGAAGCACAACCGGAAUUUUAGAUUAUAAGGCUUGCUGAUAUAUUCACAGAGAUGCUUUUCACUUAUGUGGGAUCCACACUCUGCUGGAUAAAAUGCAUAAGAGAUAUGAAAGCAUUAAUGAAAAAGUUUUAAAACUUUAAUAAAUACACAGUGAAGAUAAGACUGUCAUCGAGAAUCUUUAAACACAAAAGAUAUUUGGUACAAAAAUGCAUUUUAAAUGUAGCUUCCAGUUAUUUUCAAAGAAGGGCACUGUUUUUUUAAUUAUUGUAUGAAAACAUAAUUGAGUCUGAAGUUACUUCCAUUACCUUUUUAGUCUUAACAACCAUUAGUCUUAACCUUAUUAGACCUCAUCCACUGAAAAGGGUAGAAAGAACUGGCCUAUUAGAUGAGAUGCUAUGUUGAGAUUAAUUCCUGUCUGAAAAUGGGUACGUCACUUAAACCUGCUCUGCAACUCACUCCUUAUUUGCAAGACUAUGAUAAAUUAUUAUUAUGCCUAUCCCAUAGAUAAUGGCAAAAAGUUACAUAAAUACAGGCUUACAUGUUCCAGUGGGAAAUACUGAGUAGUACCUAGGUGGACCUCAAUCAACUGGUAUGUUUCUGGACAGACUUUGUCAGACUCUGAAUGGGGUUGACAGUCUUUUGUUUUUUUCAGGAGACACCUCUGCUGUUAAUUUAGCCUGCAAUUCAGAGCAGUUGAUUAUGUACCGCCUUUCCCUUCAAAGCAUUUCAUACGUAAGUCUAGCUUCUCUCUGUGUAGGUGUGCCCAGUAUACAGCCCUCUCAGGAGUGAAAGAGGAAUUAUUAACAGUUCUGAUACUCUAAAUGAGUUUUCUGCAUAGAAACCAUGCAGGAAAUAUGCAAAGACAAAAAUAAGAUUAUUUGCCUCUCAAAUCACAUGCUUCUGCAAGCAGUCCCCAGAUUUGAAAUGCUUACAUUUAAGUUACUGUUCCCCAUUCGGACAUCAACAGUUUUAGAGCAGUCUGCUCUUACCAAAUGAACUACUGAUUCAGUAAUAAUUCAAGAGAGCAUCAUUUUCUGAAUCAUUCUAUCCUCCUAUGCUAUGGGAGGGUUACAAAGCAAUACAGUCGAACUUUGUUUAGUUUUGAGAUUUCGUGAACUGAUUAAGUUGCUCUAUAAAAAAGUAAAUAUCUUUCACUGAAUACAGGCUAGUUAUUUUUCAGUCAGCAGUGCAAUUUUAGAUAUUUAAUAAACUGAUUUGUUCCUCUGUAUUUAAAGAUCUUAGUUUACACUUUGGUUUAAAAAUUUUCCUCAUAUAAUUCAUUUAACAUCUAUCAUC